UUGCAGAAGUUUUGCUCGGGCACCGUCGCACCAAGCGGCCGUUUUCUGUUUGAUUAGGGAAACAUUAACAUCUCAGUGCAUCUCUCAUCGGUCACCUCCGUGUGUCUCAGAAUGCUUCCAGUUUGGCUGCAGCUGUAGUAAUUAGUUCUGCUUAGCAACACUCAGCCAACGCUAUAACCCUCAACGACAUUCAUGCGUUAAAAAGACUGCACGCUGCACUGCAUCGGCUUAGCUGCAAAACUAGUGUUGUGCUGCUGCUUGGACUAAACUCGAUUUCCACAUGAAUUCUCGGGGGGAUCGAGGAGAGCACUCGCCCGGGCUGGAGGCUGUGAUUCAGACACUAGAAGAAUCCCUGCUGAACCCAGACAGCAGCGCUGAAGAAAAGACCCUCACGGUCCGUGGAGACGAUGUGGAAUCCACAGCCACAUCAGUUCCUGCCCUCAUCCGGCAGAUCAUCACCCGAAACCUGGCUGAAGGACCUGCAGUGUCCGCUGCUGCUGUGCCUGCUGGUGGCGAGCAGAGUGUGCAGGAAGAGAACCAGCGCCUGAAGGAUCUGCUUUCACACACUUGUCUGGACAGAGACCAACUGCACAACAAGCAGACCGCUCUGACCAGCAGGCUAGAACAGAUCCUAGCUGGACAGUCUGGAGACUCAGAUCAGGAGAGUGUGUAUGGCAGUGAGCAGCAGAGGCUGUGGGAUGAGAACAGGGCAUACAGGCUCAAGCUGCAGGCCUUCCAGGACAGCCAGCACAGACAGGCCCAGCUGGUACACAAACUACAGGCCAAGGUUCUUCAAUAUAAGAAGAGAUGUGGAGAGCUGGAGCACCAGGUACUGGAGAAGACUUCAGAGUUGGAGAAACUGCGUCUGUCGCUGCAGUCUCAUCUGGACUCCUCUGCACAUCGGCUCCAGCUUUCAGAGCAGGAGCACAGCCUGGAUACCCAGAGCAAACUUACCCAACUGGAAGAGGAGAAGAGGAGGUGCUCUGGCCUGAGCAAGGUCAACGCGCUGCUCCGAGAACAACUGGAGCAGGCCAACGAAGCGAACCAGGCUCUUGCAGAGAGCCUCCACAAGGCCCAGGAGGAGACAGAGCAGAGAGACAUGCGACUGAGGAGGGAACAGGAGAUGAAUGCCUCUAGGCUGGGCCAUGAGCAGGCUCGUAUAAGAGCCCUUUGGCGCCAGGCCGCUUCACUGCGCAGCACCUUUACCCAGCUCAGGGCCUUUGCUGACAGGAGUCUUGCUGACAUGCGUGGAGAAUGUGCGGCUGCUAGCCGGCGACUGCAUGCGGCAUGCAUGAAUCUGCAGACUGGCACGAGUGAGCACAGUGCUUCUGCUGGCCUGGAGGUCUCAGCGCUGGAGAGGCAGCUGAGAGACAAACUGAGGGAAGCCAUGCAGCUUCAGGGCCGCUUCGAUGCAGAGAAAGUGGAGCUCAACUCCAGAAUCCUGGAACUGACAGACAUGGUGAAACAUCUAAGAGCUCAGAACAGUGAGAAAGAGAGCACACUGGGAGCCUUGCAGAACCAUCUGGACAAGAUGGAAGUGAGUCAGGCUGAAGACAGAGCUGAGAAGGAUACCUUAUGCAGUGAGAUUAGCAGCCUGCAGCAGAUUCUUCACAGCAUCUGCCAGGCUGUCCGUGAAGAUGCGGGCACUAGCAGCGGAGACAGCCCAGCUGAAGAGUUGCCCUCUCCGUUUCUUCCCGUCUCCUCUUUCAAUCUCUCCUCUCCUCAGCAUGAUAGCGCUCUGCUAGUUGUACGAAGGGCUCUAUCCCAGCGACAAGCACAAAUUCAGGGGUUACAAGUGUGCCUAGAGGCUGCAGUGGAGCAGGCUACCACAUUGCGGGAUCAGCUGCAGGAAGGAGAGGCGGAACGCAAGCAGCUGGAACAGAGACUACAGCAACUGCAGCAGAAGCACCAUUGUGCUGAGAAGGCUGAGGAGGAGAGCAGCAGAGAUGCCCAGAGAUACCGUACCUCGCUGGGUAUGGUCACCAGUGAGAAAGACGAGUUGAAAACACAGCUUUCUGCCCUGCAACACCAGCUGGACCACAAGCAGGCAGAGUUGGAGCGUCUGCGCAGCUCCUCUCUGGACAUCCAAAGGCAGAGGGACCUUUUCCGGCUGCAGAGGGAGGACUUAGAGCGGCAGCUGGCUCGGGAGCGCUCCGAGGCUGAGAAGGGACAGAGGACUAUUGAACAACUGGAGGCCAAACACUCUGAUGUGCGUAAAGAGCUGGUUACAGUAAAGGAGGCCCUGAGUCAGCUCACACUGGAGAAAGAGGUUCUAGAGGAUGAGAACAGCAGCCUUGCAAAGGCUCUCUCUAAGGCAGAGGCCCAGAAUGCAGAGCAGGAGUUGGCGCUCACCAAACUACAGAGCGAGGAGGCAGGACUCAGAGACUCUUUCGCCAAAAUGGCCGCCCUGAGUGAAGGACUGGCUAAAGACAAGGUGGAGCUGAAUCGUUUGCUGCUACAGGUUGAGGCAGAGAAGGUGGAGCUUAGUGAGCGGAAACGGGAGAUGGAGUUUGAGCGGGCGGCUGCCAGGGAGGAGCUUGCCCAUGUGCAGCAGGAGUUGAUGGAUGUUAGUGCUGAAAAGCGAGCUCUGGAGGCCUCACAUGUUCUCCUCCAGGAGGCCCGCGCGAGUCUGGACGCAGAGCUGACCGUGGUGCAGAGGGAGAAGAGUUCAGCUCUGGAGCAGCUGGCCCAGGUAAGUAAGCAGAAGCAAGGAGCACUGGAGCAGCUGAGUGUUUGUCGGAGAGAAGCCGAGCUCCAGGCUGUCUCGCUGCAUCGGACGGGCAGAGAGAGAGAGGAGCUGGCCAAGGAUAAGGCCAGUCUUACUGUCCAGCUCACCACAGAACAGCGAAAAGCUAAAGCGCUGGCCCAGGAGCUGGCCGCUCUUCGUGCGGAAUGGGAGUCCCUGGAGUCUGCUGUAUUUGAUGGGCAGGAGCAGAUCUCGUCACUGGAGGCAGAUUGUGCCCGGCUGGAGGGAGAGGGAGGCAGCCUUCAGCAGGCUAAUGAGGCUCUGACACGUGAGGUGUCUCGUGUCCAGAGUGAGCUGGAGCAACAGGUGUCCCUGGCUCUUCAGGAGAGACAGGCUCUGGAGCUGAAGCUAGCCCAGGCUGAGAGAAAUGCCCAGCGAUCGCUCACUGCUGCUCAGCAGAGCCAUCAGGAGCAGUUGGAAGCUGAGCGCAAAGACAAGGAGUGUGUGCGGCUGGCGCUGACUGCGCAGCGGGAGCAGGGUGAGGAGCAGCUGCGUACGGAGUGUGAGGAGCUGCGGGUGCGCAGCCGCACUGAGCUUCAGCAGCUGCAGGACGAGCUGGCCAAAGUGCAGCAGCACUGCAAAGACAGCCUGCUGCAGGCUGAGGGCCACAAACAGCAGGCACUUUCAGAGAAGGAGGUGGAAAAGACAGCUCUGAACGAGCGCAUUCUCACAUUGCAACGGGAAAUGGAGAUGAAUGCCCUGGAGGCAGAGCGCAUGCGCAGAGACUUCAUGAGCAAACAGGAACAGGACAAGGAUACAGUGGCUAGCCUGCAGACAGAGCUACAGCAGCUGCGCUCAUGCUUUGAGGAGUCUCUGAGCUCCAGGGAGAUUUCAGAGAAGAGACUAAAUGAGCAGAUCAGAGAGCUCUCUCUGCAAAGGCACGAAACUCAGCAGGAGGUGGAGCAUUUGCGGAGGGCUCUGGCAGAGGUGGAGGACAGUAGAGAUGCUGUGAGGAGAGAGCUGAUCGAGGCUCAUCGUGAGCUGCAAGACUGUGUUCAGGCGAAGGAGGCCCAGCGGAGGGAGAGCCUGGAGCUGAAGAGAACACUUGGGGAUGAGAGCAGGGAAAGAGAGGCCAUCCACACCUCCAACCAAGAGCUCCGGGCUGCUGUGAAGAGAGCUGAGAGCGACAAUAACAGUCUGAAGCGAUCGCUAGAGGACAGGGAGCAAAGGCUGGUAGUGUUAGAGGAAUGCAAGUCCUCCCUUCAGCAGGAGGCACAGAAAUUGAGAAGCAGCAUGCGUGAGCUGGAGAAAUCUCACCUGCAGGCACGCAGAGAACUGCAGGAACUGCGUAGAAAGAUAAAGACCCUGGAAGGCCAGUGUGCCCAGCGUGAGCAGGAGCUGAGUGAGCUUCAGACUUGUCUGGCUCAGGAGGAGCAGAGAGAGGAGGAGGGGAGGAAAGAAACCUUUAACCUCAAACAGAGAUUGCUGGAGAGUGACGCCAGCAGAGAGGCUGCACUGAAGGAGGUGACUGGUCUGCAGCGACGUGUGGCUGAGCUAGAGGAGGCCCAUCAUUUGGAGAAGGAGUCCCAGAGACAGCGAGAUGCCAGCCUGCAAGAGAGCCAGCGGCGGCAGCGUGAGGAAACUUCCCGGCUGGAGGUAGCCCUGCAAGAGGUGCAGGCUCAGCUGAGGGAGCAGAGUGUGGAGCUGAAGCUGGCAGAGGGCCGAGGACAGAGCCUAGAAGAGCAGCUGGUUCAGGCUGAUGCCUCCCGCACUGACCUGGAGCACAGGCUGAGUGGCCUGACCUCUGCCCUCAGGCGCACGCUGGGAAUUGGGUGUAGAGCAAGGUCACCCACACCCGGGUCCAGAGUCAGAAGGCCAUCACCAUGGAGAAAUCGCCCCCUUGAGAAAGGAGGUGAGUGUGUGUCUGGCGGGCUGAUAGGAGGGGUUCAGGCCCGCUCUGUGUCCCCAACCCAUGGAGAAGAGGGACAGAUGGAUGUAGACUCAGUGCAGGCGGCACUUCGCAGCUUCCAGCAGGAUCUCAAAGAUGCGCAGAGAGAGCGAGAUGAGGCACAAGCACAGGUGCUGAGUCUGAGAAGGCAGCUCACGGAGCAACAGGCUGGUCAAGAAAAGAGCAAUGCACAGGCACAGCGGCUAAAACACUCUCUCAAAGAGCUGGAGCAGGGGAAGCGUGAUUUGGCAGAGCGAUUAGAGGGGGCUCAGGCUUCCCUCUCUCUGCAGGAGGAAGCGCUUCAGCGUUUAGACAGAGAGAAGAGAAUGAUGGAAGAGGAGCUGUCCAGGCUGAAGAACAGCGUGCAGGCAGCUGAGGCCAAUGCCAGAACACUACAAGAGAGCCUCCACCGUGUGGAGGAGUCAGAGGCAGGUUUGGGUGUGGAGUGCAGGAGGCUGAAGGAGUGCUGGGAGACAGCAGAGGCUCGAGCAUCCAGGCUGGAGCUAAGCCAGCGAACUCUGGAGGGAGAGCUGCAGCGUUCCCAAAUCCGAACAGCUGAACUAGAGGGGGAGCUCACUUCUCUGCAGGAGAGAGUGACCAGCCUGCGGAGGGAGCUGGGGGAGAGUGAGGCGCGCACUGCACUGUUGAAAGUUGAGGGUGAACGGUCAGCAACAGCUCUGGCUCGUGCAGAUCUACAGGAAGCUCAGCUGCGUGAGAAACUGCAGAGUAUGGCAACAGCACUAAGGGACAGCAAGAGCAGUGCAGGAGCGGCACAAGAGCAGGCCACCCAGCUUCAGAACGCACUCACUGCAAGUGAGCAGGAGCGCAAGACACUACAGGAGCAUCUGGAGAAGAUACGGGAGGCUCUCUCAGACAGUAAAAAGCAGAACCUUCUUCUGAGUGACAGACUGCAGAGCUUGCAGAGGAGUCAUGAGGAAUCAGAGCUCAGAGUGUCCGAACUAGACAAACACACACACGGCCUGCAGGAGGCUUUGCAGCAGAGUGAGCAGGCUGCUGAAGAAGCUCAGGACAGCUGCACUUUGCUGCAUAAGGACAGAGCAGAGCUGCAGGAGCGUUUGACCACUCUGCAGAACUCACUUCACAGCCUGCAGGACGACAGGACGCAGUUGGACAAGAUACUGGCUCGUCUCGGAAAAGACAAGGCCGCGCUCAAACGUACCCUACAGAAGGUGGAGCAGGAGCGUCGCAGGCGGGAGGAAGAGGCCGUGUGUGCUAGUCGUCAGAAGGAGCAGCUGGAGCAGACAGUGUGCAGUCUGGAGCAGGAACUGAGCGAGACGCACUCAGAAACACACACCCUAAAGUCCCAGCUCGCCCACCUGGAGCAGGCUCACUCGCAGCGCCUCCUGGAGGUGACUGCCCGCCACAGGCAGGAGCUGGAGCUGGAAACCGAGCGGCUGCGGGGGUCCCAGCAGCAGGCUGAGAGAGUGCUGGAGGCACGGGAGAAAGCCCAUCGACAGAGGGUCCGUUGCUUGGAGGAACAGGUGUGUACACUGAAAGAGCAGCUGGAGCAGGAGAUGCGGCGGAGGCAGACAUACAUGAACCAGAUGCUGAAGCCUGGGCCCUGAGUAUCCCUGCGAUCUGGCCAGCUGUGGCUGACCCCAAGUCCUGGGACAGGGGGAACAGAGCAAAGCCCCUGAGAGUCAGCACACACUCCCACUGCUGUUCACUCCUGGAGCUGGGCCAGCACAGCUCACAGUGGCUAUUCAGAUGGACUUCUGCAUAAUAAGCAGUUUUUAAUACACACACACACACACACACACACACACACACACACACACACACACACAUGGGUUUGUUUUCAUAUCUUAUCAGGACAUGAUGUCAUACAUGUGCUUUAUAUGUGUAGUAUAUAUUUAACUACCUACAUAUAAUUAGAAUUUUCUAAUUCCAACCCUUAAUGAAAACCCAAUCUUAACUUCUGCAACCAAAAGAAAUGAUUUAGCCCUUUCAGUUUUAAAAUAUGAAAUAUGUACAGUGCUGUGCAAAAGUCAGAGACCACUCCUCUUUCAUUUCAUUUCCAGUCAAAAUGAACAUUAAGUAGAAUCUGUUCAUUAUUCAGGAGAUAUUUCUGAGGAGAUUACAUAUCAGAUAAUCUCCUUUCAUGAGGAAGGGGAAAGUCAAAGGAAAAUUGUUUUCAAACUGAAGUUCAAAGUAUUAUAAAAACACAAAGAAAAUGGGACUCUAAUAGCAGUGCAAGACCCUGUAGACCACCAAAACUGACUCACCAUCAGAUAAGCAGUACUUAAAGCUUUCAUAUUUGAGAGACGAAAUUUGAAGAUGCUCCGUCUCCACUCUAAAAUAUACCCAGGGCUUUCUGUGCAUCCUCCCUAGGUAUUACUUGGAUCGUGAGAAAAUGUAACCAACUUCUAAGACUGAACUUGGAGGUGUGGGAAAAAAUCACUGCAGAUUUCUUUGAACAACUGAAAGCAAGCCUCCUGAAAAGAAUGGAAGCUGUAAGAAAAUUAAUGGGUGGGUACACUUAAGUUACGGAGCCCCACUGAUGACAUCCUGUAUAAAUAAAAAUAAUGCACGGCCAUGACUUAGUAAGGCAUGGGAAUUAAAUCCUAAUGUAUAGCCACGUCUUGUUAAGGCAUGUUCUUGUUCCCCCUCCUUACUAAGUCAUCGCCACAACAUAACUCAUCUCAUUCCCAUGCCUUAUUAAGUUGUGAACGCUUUGUUUUUAUUUAUAUGGGAUGUCACCAGCAGGGCUUCAUACUAAAUACUAAAAUUGCAUAUUUACUUAUUGAGCCUUUUCUGUAAUUGAUGUUUUCUGCUUUUUCCCUUAUGCUGAAAGUAUAUAAGUAUAUAAGUAACUUUGACUGGUCUCUGACUUUUGCACGAUACUGUAAAUUUGAUAAUUUGGCAUACAUGGCAUAGUCAAGAUCAUUUCACAAUCCCUGAUGCUGCGGUGCCAGAUCACAUUUUUCCUCAGUCUAUUUUUUAGGGACAGUUUUGAACUGAAAAUACACAAAAACAAAUACACACACGCUCCUGCACCUUGACGCUGAGGACAUGAAAUCAUUCACAGAACUGCUGGGCUUCAUGAGCACAAAUCCCUUCAGUAAUCUUGAUCCACUCUAUAAAAAACAACAACAAACAAAGAGAUCACUGUUUCCCCAAACGCUCAGCAAGCGCCAAAUUGUUUUAAGGAUUUGUUCAGCAAGCAGCUGAAGCGUGUGUUAGUCCUCUCUGUCUGUCCCUGUUGGCCUGACGAUAAUCAGCACAAUGUGAGGAUGGCAGCCCCCAGCUUACCUCUCCCACACACUCCCUCGCACAUCUAAACACACCACACACGCACACAUUCCGCAGCUUUAUAGAUCCAUGUUGUGCGUCACUUAUUUAAUCGCUUUAUUGCAUGUAACUACACCAAGCCUAAUGAUGAUGAGAUCGAAUUGUUUUCACGUGUAACAAGUUGCCAUCACUUCUGGCAUCUGAAUCGAAGACCAGCAUUCGAGCAAGUUUCCUGUUAAAAGCUCAUGCUGUGAUCUUUAUUAUCUGUUUAAUGAUUGAUUAUUUUAAUGACCCUAAUGACCGUUUAUCAUGAUAAUUCCAACUGUUGGUGCUUAAUCUGCAAACAUGCUUCCUAAUCUUUGAUGAACAAUUAAGAAAAAAUUACUGUUAAGCAGAAUUUUUUUUUCCCCCUUUUAGCUCCACUCUGCAAAAUGAUUUUUUACAAGCCAAUAAAACCACAAUAACGAUGAAACAAUGAGCAGAUUGAUGUUUGUAGUUUGAGGAGUUGCUCUAUUUGCGUUGGCUGUGCCUCAUGGAUAAUUACUCUAACUUGUUUUGAUGUGUGCAAACAACUUAAAACUGCUUCAAAAGUUCCCUCGUGACAGUUUGGCUCCAGGAUUUUGAUUCGUAUUACUAAUAACCCUCUUUGUCAAAAGAUUUUUCUUUUCUUUUUUUGCCUCUGCGAAAAACUAUGACCCUCUGAGUCUGUUGCCAAAAGAAUCUUAAUAUAAGAGCCUUCAUAUAGGGAUUAUUGCCUGAUACUGUCUGUGGUCCAUGCAGCCAAAUCUCAUUUUGUUUUUGUUUAAAGAGGGCUAUUUCAUACUCCUUUGAAAUCAGACAUCUCAUGCACUGUAUGAUGAAUACGCUUGGGAAAUUGGGGGGGAGCUUACAGUAAUCCAAACCAGAGGGACUUUGUGUAUGUAUAUGCUGUCUUUGAUCUGGCAUCUUGUGCAAGUUCCACGCAGGAGGCACCAAGUUCACGUCACAUGAUUGGCGUGCUCCUGACGUUGCAUAUGUGGCUUUGUAUCACUGUGUGUGUUGCUCUGAAGUGUGUGCAGAGGCAGGCAGGCAGCAGAGCUGGGACGCUUUUUUUCACAGCACGAGCGAAAGCGAAUGCCCUGUCAGAGUCUCUUUAAUGCACCCCUUUCAUUACCAUAGCCCCGCCCACUGCUUAUCCAGUUACCGGCCCCCAUUCCACAAUUGGCUGCGAGCACCUAAU